AUGGCAGAAAAUCCAGAUCCAAUCGUUGAUGUACACUAUAAAGGGACGCUCACACCUUCCCCAUUGAUGUAUUUUGAUGGAAACAAAGCCUCUGUACCAUACACGGUUGUGAACAAGAUGACCUUUCCCGAUUUCAUACCCUUUCUUGAAAAGCAUACUAAAAAAAGAUGCAGAUAUGUGUAUUACUGUCCACAUGAAGUGAGGUUGUCUGAGGGAUUGCAUCUUACUCAGAAUGACUACGAUUUUAACGAGUUUCUUGAAGAUAUCAAUGAAAAGAAGAGAUUGGACGUGUAUGUGGAUCAUUAUCAUGAACCUUUGUUUGAUUGGAUUAAGGAGGAAGAAGCUGACCUUGAAGAUGAUGAUUUGGUUUCUAUUUAUGAUGUUGACUCCAUUUUAGAAUAUGGUCCGAAAGUUGAACAUGUAAAGGACGAUGAAGUUAUAUCUCUUAAAAGAAACUUCAAUGAUCAUUUCCUCAACAAACUUUGUCCAGUACAUAAUGAUGACUUGGUUGAAGAAGAUCAUAAUGCAACACGACCUAUCUACCCAAGACAUGAUCAUACUCAGGAAUGGAAUGAGAUGAAGCCUCGAUUAGGUACAACUAAGGUGAAUGUACCCUAUAAAGUUGGUGAUAAAUUAGUUGAUGUUAUGCUUGAAGUAUCAAAUUUAGACAAGAAGGAGACUCUGUCAAUUAAUACAAUUUCAAAUCAAGAAUUAUCCGAGAGAAUGGAAGCUGAGAUGUUGCGGCUUAAUCAUCUUCCCGAUCGAACAAGUGAAAAACGGCAGAAAAAGGGAUAUCCUAAAGUGGGUUAA